CCGACUUGCAACGAACGGACGUGCUUGUAUUUAUCGCACUGGAAUAAUUUGAUCAAAGUAUCAUACCAAAAUGAGAGGAAGAAAAAGAGGUCCCACUGUUCCUCAGUCACCAUCUCCAAGCAAACAAACUGGUCAAACAUCACUCAAUCAGUUCUUCCAACGAACAACUCCAGUUGGCAUUUCUCCAGCUAGAAAGUGCGACGAUGUGAAGACUGGACCGACUUUUGUAGCCAUAAAAUUAAAGUUGAUCCAAAAUUGUUUUCCAAUGAAACAGCCUCGAACAAAAAUGAGAAGAAAUUUGUGAAGCAAAACAACUAUUUUCCACCGUCGAUGGUCUCAAAACACAUAAGGUGACGAUUGGAUUGAGAUCUGAAUAGAUGUUUGAAUACUGCUCAUCAAAAAAAAAAUCCAAUAAAAGUUAGAAUUUAGUCUGAUUUUAUAUUCAUGUUUCUUGUUUUCAACAAAUAUAUUGUUUGUUAUUGUAUGAGUACAGCUGAACAUACCCCAAAUAUACGAUAAAAAUGUGUUUGACAGAUCAGGUCCACAUGUGGUUUUGACAGUUAUUUGUUUGCUUACACAGUAAGACUGGAGGAUUUUUUUUGUUGAUAAUUUCAACAGAAAAGCCGAUAAAAAUGAGCAAAGCCUGGAUAGAAAGAAAUCUCCCACAGCCACCGAUGCGUUCAACGAUGCAGAAAUUGAAAAGUGAUAUCGAUUUCGAUGCGCUCCUCAACAAUUUCGGUCAUUGUGAAAGCAUUCACGAUCUACGUCCAAAAUUGGAACAAGCUGCAGCGAUGGCGUCUCGUUUGAUUGCCCGACGUGCCCAUUCGUUUCGAGUACAACCGAGCUUCAUGUAUUUUCGCAAGAUGAACAUCGCUUUGUGCCGACUGAAGGAGUUGAACAUCUAUCAAAACAUCAAAGACUAUCAAAAUGCCAUUGGCGUUGCAAAAAUGGCUCGAAAACUUGACGACAAAUACUAUUUACCCGAUCGAGAGAACUUUUUCUACUUUCUGACAAAGUUGCAGUCGUUCGCUAAACUACUGCUUCGAACUGUAAUGUGUGCCCGUGAAUCACAUCGACUUUUCCUGGAGCUUUUGCAUCGAGCUGCCUUCAUUGAAACGAUAUCACUGUUCUCAGCUGUUUUAGCUGAAGUCUGGACCAUUUGUAUUGAUAUGUGUCGAUGCGUGGUUCAAUUUUACAACGGAUUCUAUCCAUUUUACGCGAAAAACUAUGACAAAUCAAAGUCACUACCAAAACGGCUAAACAAAUGGCUCGGCGAAGAAUACAUUGAAUACAUUGACAUUUCCGUUGACCAGAGCCAACUGGAUUUGAAUGAGGAAUUCUUUUUGUUCGAUGGAAGUGACACGGUAAAAAAUGAAGGAAAAGUUAUCGAUCAAAAGUUCGAGCCAAAGCUGCUAGUGAAUCAACCGGUUCAAAAAAAUGUCAAAGGUGAUGAAUCAGUUGGUAAAAAGACGAAGAUGCCCAAGACCUUAGAUCUUCUUGGAAAACAGCAGAAUUUCGCGAGCACCUCAAAACCCGUUCAAGUUAAAGGAAAACCCAUGAUAUCGAUGAAACCACUGCCUUUAUACAACAAGAAUUUCGAUUUGGGCGAGAAAAUCAGUCGAACACCAACGAUGAGUCGAAAAGAAGUAGCCAAGGUCAUUAAACACAUCGAUGUUGAUCAAUUGAAAACGAUCAAAGAGAUUCGUGAAUUUUUAACCGUCGAAGAUGAGCUGAGACAGAAUGACCAGGAACAAAAUACAAAGGGAGUCACGAAUGAAGAAUGGGAAAAGUUCAAGACAUCCACAACUAGCCUAUUGAUACUGAGCCAUCAUGGAUUGGUGCUGAAAAAGUUUCGAAAUCAAUGGAAAAAUUUAAAAAUGCGACGUCGAUAUUGUUCCGAAGGAACAAGAAAAUACAUUUGCCCACGAUGUAACAUUGCUUAUUGUUCGGUGGCAUGCUACCAAUCGCCGAGUCACUUGAAAUGUUCCGAGGAAUUCUACAAAGAUUGUGUGGUCGAAGAAAUGACACUACAAAGCAAAAUGAAGAAUACGUCCGGUCCAAGUGAUGAUGUGAAAAAAAUGUACGACAUUCUAAAGAGAGUCGAAAGCGGUGAUCAGCCCAUCGAUUCUGAUUUUGAGCUGUCCGACGAAGAAUUGGAUUCAGACGAUGAUGAAGAUGAGCCGGAUGAUGAUAAUGACUUAUCGAAACGCUUGGAGGGUAUUGAUUUGAAUGAUGCCGAUGCAAUUUGGUCAAAGCUAACGGAAAGUGAGCGUCAGGAGUUCAACAAAAUAAUUCAAAGUGAAGAUGUUACAUCGAUUUUGCCCAAAUACAGCGCUUGGUGGGAAAUUAAAACCAAACGAAAAUUAGUCAGUGAAAUGAAUGGCGAUGAAACCGAUGACCCAGCCGAACCAAUUGUUGAACAUCCAAAGAUAAUCGAAUCGAUUGUAGAUUUUGCACGAAUUUCCACAAAAACUCCAGCUUCGUGUGUAGUUAACAAUUUGAUCAAUGUACUAACGGGAUAUGCAUCGAUGGUGCGAUUCUUUUACGGUGAAUACGAGGCAAGCAAAUAUGAAGCAGUUAAGUAUUUGAUAUCAGUAUGUGCCAAUCUGCGAAUGAAUGCCAAUUUUGAUGAUGCAGACGUUGCCAUUGAAUCGAUCCGGCAAGAUGCAAACAAUGAAGGCUACGCAGUCGAUGAGCAGGAUAUGAGGCAAAUGAAAAAAGAUAUUGAUAAUCUCAUGGCAGGACCAAUUCAGGAUAAACCAACCAACACAUUCAUUUUGGCUGCCUUAUCAGAUUUACAUCGACUUUUAUCAGCAGUUAAAACAGAGAUAAAGAACUCACAUUCGAAACCAUCGGUUUCAGUGAAUGCAGCCAGCAGUGGUGGUGAUGAAGGCGCGUCGUCAACCAAUGAACCGACCAAUGAUUCCGAAAAAUUUACCAAACGAUUCAAUGACCAGAAAGCGAAUGCUUGCUCGGAUUUGGAAAAGGGAAAACUAACUGCGAUGAUUAAGAAAAUUGAAUACUAUUUGGCUUAUGCUAAGAAAUACCAUUAAUCGAAUCAAUGGAUGCAAAUAUUAAUAAAAUAAAUACAAUCAAUGCCAUUCCUGAUUGCUAGGAACAUAAA